AUGAUAAAUUUUCCGUGUGGUGUCUGUGGAAAGUCUGUUAAUUCAAAUCAUAAGGCUAUUCAGUGUGAUAUUUGUAAAUUCUGGAUUCAUAUUAAAUGCAAUGGUCUCAAUGCUGAUGAUUAUAUAUCUCUCCAAAACUCUGAUGAACUUUGGUUCUGUUGUAAAUGUAUCAACAAAAUUCUCCCCUUUGGCUCAACAACUCCCCCCUUAGUUUAUGACAAGAGUCUUUCCUCUAUGGAAAUGAAAAGGUUUCUCUCCCAGCUCAACUCUAUUGAAAUCAACGAGGUCCCCCAUCCUGAAACCAUGGGUGGUGUAAACUGCAAAUAUUACGAUCCAAUUGAAUUCUCUGCCCUUCAAGUUAAUUCUGAUAAAUUCUCCCUUUUUCAUAUGAAUAUCGCCUCUCUGUCUAAACAUAUUGAUGAACUAAAGAUUCUGUUAGGUCAACUUGGGCAUGACUUCAGUGUUAUUGGUAUCACUGAGACCAAAUUCCAGACUAAAAUCCCACCUAUUAACUGCGAUCUAUCGGGUUAUUCCUUCACGCACACACCUACUGAAGGUGAAAAGGGUGGUGCUCUUUUGUACAUCCCUAAUCACUUGCAAUUUAUUGAACGUCCCGACCUGGAUACUCUUGCAUAUAAAAGCAAGGAGCUUGAAUCUAAAUUCAUUGAAAUUAUACGGGCCAAAGAUAGAAACAUGAUUGUUGGAUGCAUCUACAGACAUCCCUCGAUGUCUGUUGAUGAGUUCAACAAUCAUUUUUUAUUGCCUCUUCUUGAGAAAGCGUCUUCAGAUAACAAGUCUAUCUUCCUCCUUGGAGACUUUAAUAUUGACCUUCUAAAGUCUGAAACAGUCAAAGAAGUGUCCGAUUACAUCGAUAUUACUUCGCAAUUUAACUUACUCCCGCAUAUAAUUCUUCCCACAAGAGUUACUGAAGUUUCUAGCACGAUUAUUGAUAAUAUUUAUUUUAGUUCAGCCAAGUGGGACACUGUGUCUGGUAAUAUUAUAAGUUCAAUAUCUGACCAUUUCCCUCAGUUCUUAGUCUUAAAAAACUUGUCUGCAAUCAAUCCUUUGCACACCUCUGAUGAUAUAUUUGUUCAUGACUGGAAGAAAUUUCAUCACAAUGACUUUCUCACCGAACUUCACAAUAAAAAUUGGGAUGAUAUCCUACAAUUGAAUGUAGAUGAUCCCAACUUAUCGUUUAACAAUUUUUACAAUUGUAUCAACAGUCUAUUGGUCAAUCAUGCUCCUCUAAAAAAAACAUGCAACAAAAAAAGAAAAAAAAAAUCCAAUCCUUGGAUUACUAAUGGUAUCCUUACCUCAAUAAUCAAAAGAGACCAUCUGCAUAAAUGCUUUUUAAGAGAGAAAGAUCCACUUUUAAAGUCUUCCUUGCUAGAGAGUUUUAAAAAGUACCGCAACAAAAUUGUAUCUCUAUGUAGAAUGAGUAAGAGUAAUUUCCUCAAUAAAUAUUUUAGCAAUAACCAAAAAAAUAUUGGCAAUAUUUGGAAAGGGGUUAAAAAUAUUAUUUCUGUUCGUUCUUCUGUUUCUGCUUCUCCCACCUGUAUGAACAUUAAUAACUCUGUUGUAACUGAUCCAGUGACAAUUGCUAAUUCUUUUAAUGAUUACUUUGCUUCAAUUGCAGAUAACAUCAGAAUGAAUAUCCCGUUCACUCGAAAACAUUUCUCCUCUUUUCUAAAAAAUUCUACUUCUAAUUCGAUGUUUCUUUCACCAACUGAUGAUUUAGAAGUUCUGCAUUGCAUUUCUUCCCUUGACCCUGGUAAAUCUUCUGGGCCAUUCAGUAUUCCUGCCCAUAUUUUAACUCUUGUUAAAUCUGAAUUAUCUAUACCACUUUCAAAACUUAUUAAUUUGUCUUUCACAACUGGUAUUUUUCCUACAAACCUAAAAACUGCCAAGACCAUCCCUAUUUAUAAAAAAGGGUCCAAAUUAGAAUUAACAAAUUACCGACCUAUAUCCUUACUCUCAAAUAUUGAUAAAAUAUAUGAAAAAAUCAUAUACAAACGAGUGUAUGGUUUUCUCGAAGCAAACAACGCCCUCUACAAGCAUCAAUUUGGCUUUAGGAAAAAUUACUCGACUUCUCAAACACUUCUGAACAUCUCUCAAAAAAUUAUGGAUGCUCUUGAUAAAGGAAGUUAUGCAUGUGGAGUGUUCAUUGAUCUUCAAAAGGCUUUUGAUACGGUUGAUCAUGAAAUUUUGCUUAAAAAGCUUUUUCACUAUGGAAUUCGUGGUACCCCACUCUCACUAUUUAAGUCUUACUUAACAGGACGUCAACAGUUUGUAUCCAUCAAUGGAAAUAUAUCAACUAGUAAUCUUAUCAGAUUCUGA